UUCAGAGUCAAGUUUGGUUUUAGCUAUUCAGAGCUGCAUGGACCAGCGAAGCUCCUCCCUCUCACCUCGGGUCGGAUUUCAAUCAAAGAGGAAGUUGGCAGAAAAUGACAAGAGUUUCUUCAGAGAGAGGAGCUAGGUGUGUUAUUGCAGAACCUGAAAGGCUCCACCCACAAACCUAGUUCCUUGCCUCUGACACCCGAGUUCCACCCUGCAAACAUUCUGGCUCCAAUUUUGCCCCUUUGAGAAGGAGUGUUUAGCUCUCAGCUGAGCUACAGAGGUGUGGCUCUGUGGCAGCGGGGUGACAGCUCUAGAGCACUCUCCUGCAGAGCUUCCUCUGAGACAGCUACCCCUGUACUGGCCACUGUUUGUGCUCUACCGCCCCUUGUCUGAGAAGAAAAGGAAGAGCCCUGGGGACCUAUUUCUGUCUACCCAGCUAGAGAAAUGGCAACGAUUGGGAGCUUUGAGGGGUUCCAGCCCGUGUCUCUGAAGCGGGAGGAAGAUGACCAACCCUUCGAGAAUGACCACGUGUCCACGGAGGAGGAGGAGGUGGAGGAGGAAGACCUGGGCAAGGACCGAGGACCAAGGCAGAUCUCAAGACAGCAGAGUGUGACUAAAUCGACACUUUACCCUAAUCCUUACCACCAGCCCUAUGUUUCGAGGAAGUACUUUGCUACUCGGCCCGGGGCCAUUGAGACUGCUGUGGAAGACUUGAGAGGCCACGUAGCACAGACUUCUGGAGAGACUGUUCAAGGGUUCUGGCUCCUGACACAGAUUGAUCAUUGGAACAACGAGAAGGAGAAGGUCCUGCUACUCACAGACAAGACCCUCUUGAUCUGCAAAUAUGACUUCAUCAUGCUCAGCUGUGUGCAGAUGCAGCAGAUCCCACUGAAUGCCAUCUGCCGCAUCUGCCAGGGCAAGUUUGCCUUCCCAGGGAUGUCUCUAGACAAGAGACCAGGAGAAGGCCUAAGGAUUUUCUGGGGAAGCAUUGAAGGGCAGUCUCUGUUGUCCCGCUGGAAUCCAUGGUCUACUGAGGUCCCCUAUGCUACCUUCACUGAACACCCUAUGAAAAACACCAGUGAGAAGUUCCUUGAGAUCUGCAAGUUGUCUGGGUUCGCAUCUAAGCUUGUUCCAGCUAUUGAGAAUGCUCACAAGAAUUCUGCUGGAUCUGGAAGAGGAAAGGAACUGGUGGUGGUAAUCCAACCCAUCCUGAUUGAGACCUACAUGGGGCUCAUGUCCUUCAUUGGAAACCGCAACAAGCUUGGCUAUUCCCUUGCUCGUGGGAGUAUUGGCUUUUGAGACUCUGUGACAACGUGCAUCACCUGUAGAUAUCCAAUUUGCAACAUUUUGGGGGGAUUAUAAUAGUUAUUUUCAAAUACUAGUUAAAGGCCUGACUUAUUAGUGUUUUAGGAAGUCUAAAAGCUUGGCUAGACCGGUAGGCAGUUUAGGUCUCAUAGGAGAGAUGUUGAAACCAAACUACACACUUCUGAGCUCAUCAAAUGUUAUGUAAUGACCACCUAAUUAGU